UGACUUUCAGGGACGUGGGAUAUUACAAGCGCGUUGUUGGUAACGCUCAGGUAUAUAAUCAUGGUGAAAAGUACCAUAAGGCAGUUAGGUACGUGAAGAUGAAGCCGUUCAUUGCCCUCAUUACACUCGCAUGCACCUUCCUCCCACGAACCGCUUCGUCUUUCCUACCCUCUUCGCUUUAUGGGGGCGCUGGAGGUAUAAGUUCGUGGGGAUCGCCCGAUAGUGGCGCACUUAGCGGAUUUGGAGGCGGACUUGGAGGAAUCAGUCAGUGGGGUGGUGGUUUGUCCGACGGUGGAUUUAGCCCGUACGGAGGAGGAAUUAGCCCGAUCUUGGGCGAGAGUGGCGGAUUUUUGGGAGGAUAUGGAAACGGAGGAAUCAGUCCGUGGGGGGCUCAGAAUCACUUGGGACUUGGAGGAUACGAAAGCAGUCCAUUCCCGCAAUAUGGAGGAAUUGGGGGAAUUGGCGGAAUUGGGGGAGUAAGUCAAUUUGGACUUCCCGAUGUUGGUGGAUACGGCGGUCCAGGAUAUGGGUCAUGGGGUGUACCUGAUGGUGGCGUUAGCCGCUCAUUCUUCGGAGGUGGACUAAGCCCUUACGGUGGCAGUGGACUGAACUCCUUCGGCAGCAGUCUCUACCCAAACCCUCUCCUUGGAGGAAGCUACGGAUACGGAUCUAGCAUACCUCAGCAUUUAGGUGGACUUGGUCAGUUGGGAUACGGUGGUGGAGGCGUGUUUCCUUCUGGUGUUGAUCCAUCUGGUUUCCAACUUGGUGGCAGCAGCUAUACCAGCCCUCUCAUUUCCUCUUUUAGAUCGUCAGUUAUCUCGAAAAGAAGUGCCGAAUAACAUACAAACGAACAAUUUACACUAACCGUUCAUCAUAUAGUGUAGGUUAGUAGAACAAUAAAUUAUUCUGCAAAUUUAAA